UGUGGGUUUAGCGUAUUCUCCGGACUGGGUUUUAAAUUUAUUUAUUUUUUACAGUUCAACUUUUACAACUAUUUAAAAAAAAAAAAAGCGACUACCGGAUUAGUAUGCCCGGAAUAAGAUCGCGCUGGACCGCCGCAUAGACUAAAAACCAUCACCGCACAAUUACAGGAACGGAGGGUAUUGUGCAAUGGAGGAGAAGCUCAGCCUUGAUCCCGCCGGAAAGCAGGAGGAGCAGUCCAAUUGUGUGCUCUUCACGUACUUCCAGGGAGACAUCAGCAGCAUGGUGGACGAGCACUUCUCCAGGGCUCUCAACAAGGCCAACAAGCCCAAGGACCUCAGUACGAAGAGCAAGAGCAAAUCCAAAGCCGUUUCAGCUGAGACCUCCUUCUCGGGACAGUGGAGCUUCCCCUCUCCAGCCUGGCCUGGGGGUGCUAUCUCUCCAAACCCCAGCCGCAUUCAGUUUGCCGCGUCAGAGAACCCCCAUCCUUCCUCGGGGGUGUUAAGUGGCCCCCACAGCCAAACGCCACACAUCUGGACCUUUCCUCCGAAACCCGGCUCGGGCUUUGGGCUCUCCCCUAUUGCGUACCCUCAGCCCGUGUCCCAAGAGCGCCCCAGAAUCCCGACGGACCGCCAGUACCCCACCUCCUUCCUAAACCUUCUGCAGAAUGAGCAGCAGGGGGGGGUGAGCGUCCCGAUCUCGGCCUCAAAGCCCGAGCUGGCCCCUGGCUGGUCCGGGACCCCACCAGCUGCCUUCAGGGAGACCAUGGGGGCUGGGCUGGGCUUUGACUCAGGGAUCCCGACUCCGGAGAAGAAGGAUUUGUACUGGUAUUAGAAGGUGUAGGAGCAGCCAUGAUAGACUAUCGUAACUACCCACUAACUGGCACAGGUCUGCAACGUGUGUUGGGCAUUGCGGUCACAUGGCUCGCUUCUGAGCACAGUGACAAAUCACGUCCAGAGACCACAGCCUGUGGAGAGACCGCCUGGGACACAGAGGCAAACAGCAGCUCGGCGACAGCGGCUCUCCAUUUUCCCCACACAUCUUCACACCCCGGGAACCCACAGGCUCACAAGCACAUGACUCGAGACACGCAAACCAGAGCGAACUGGAAAUCCAGUCGAACGUGCUGACAAGCCCCAACCACCCUCCUGCAGCAGGGCGGCGGAACCUGUUUCCUGCCUUGCGGCACAUCCACGGAAGUUGAAACGCUGAGGGGGGGUUAAAACAAAUCAGGAACAGAGAGUCAGAAGGACAAAGCUGCUGGGCUGCUUUUCCAGGGAAGUUCACGGCGCAUUUUACACCCACUUCUGGACUCUGAAAAUCGAUGUUGUGUUUCACAGCUGCUAGGUAUGGAUACUAAAACAAAUAGGUGUGUUUUAGUUUUGAAAUGCAUGUCAUAUAUUGGAUAUUAGACACAGAUUUGUCCACCCGAGACUCACUUCCGACAGACAAAGUCUGCGAUUCGGCCGUCAGUCUGAUUAGCCUUCAUGCCAGUCCGCGGUUUAUAAGCUGUCGCCAGACAUAAUAAACUUUAUUUUAUACAGCGCCUUUAAAGGUGGCUUCUCAAAGCGCUUUACAGAAUGACAACAACAAUAAAUGAAAAGAAUACAUAAGAUAAAACACAAUGACAAUAAUAAGACAUGCUGACUUUCUGACUUAUAGCUGUGCAAUGAUGAUGCUGUACAUUGGGACUUGUCACCUCUACCUUAAAGGACUUUUUUUCUUUUAUUGCAGGAUACUUGCAAGUUCCUUGUGUAAUCCUGUAGUAAACUGGGUCUGCAGAAGCUUAGCCCGGAUGCACAGCCAUCCCAAACUAAUUAAAAAAAUGCUGAUUAGUCGCUGGAGGUAAAAGCUUCAGUCAAAUAACACCAACAGAAAUAAUUGCAACAUUAUAGCAUCUUUAAGUUCCUGAUGAAACCAAUUCCUCUGAAUAGUUUGGAAGGAAUUUGUCACAUUUUAAGAAAUACAUUCAUUUAUUUCCUCAGAAUUAAAAAAAAGUCCAGUGUGUACCUGUGUCGGCGUGCUGUAGUGCUCACAAUUCUAGGCUUGUGGUUUCAAAUACCAGGCGAUGCACAGCAGCUACACACUUGAGUACGGUACUGCACUCCAGUACAAUGGGCCCCUAUGUAAAUACGUAUAAAACUUUGUUGCUUUGAAUUAAAGUAUCGGCCAAAUAAGUUAUUCAUGAUUACUAGCAGGGUUACAGAUAAACACAAGUGUAUAUGUGUGUAGAUUCCCAUCUGUCUUCAUUCUUGCAACAGUGGCUUUACAGUCAGUUUCAACGGUUGUGACUGACUGAUACCCACCCAACAACAUCUUCCUAUAAAAAUAGUUGGACUAAGAAUUAAAAUAAAAACUCAUGGGACACUUGUAAUGAUAAAUAAGCGUUUAUUAUUAGAUUAUUAGAUGAAUGGUGAAUAAAAGCCUUGUCUAAUUCAUAGAAGCGUUCCUGAAAAUUUAUGUAUUUUAACCAUUUUAAAUGAUAUUUAAAAUAUCCAUAUUAUGAGAUGGUUACCUGAAAGUUAAAAUGUUUUUUUUUUUUUCAUCUAUAUGUGAAUUUUAAGAAGGUGACCAUCAGGUGCCACAGGCACCAAAACACCUCAAAACUGCAGAAAAUUAAAGUUGCUGCAAAAAACAACAGCGGAUAAGUAAAGUGUCACUGUCACACUUUAGCUAACUACCAUGCCCGGUAUGAUAAUACUAUUUUGUUUUUCAUUAAAAGAAAUAGAUUUUUUUUCAGUGAACAACAUGAGCAAGUUUCUGCUUUUCUUCUGAUUGCACGUGGAUUAUAUAACUGGCGCUUCUAGGUCAGGUCAGUGUUACUGCUGUUCUCUUGUUUGCUCUUGGCAAUGAAGCCCCAGUAAAACGUGUGACACAAUUUUAAGAUACAGAUUGCAGGUUUUUGCAGAUUCAGUGCAUGAUCAGCUUUAAAAUUCUGCACAGGUGAUUUUGGGGUUUUAUGGUCACCCUAAUUUAACUGAUUGCUGCUCUUAUGAAAAGAACAAAGUUUAUGUGGCUGUGGUGGAGUUAUGAAGUAAUGUGUGUCCUAAAAAUAUAAUUGUAAGUGAAGUAAAUGUAUUUUUUGCUACAAAUACAGCCAUGCAUUUUUCUGAGUGUAUAUUAAAUGUCAUAAAAAGCUUUAUUCUGUUAAAAACA